GACCGUGGAUCGGGAAGUAUAGCGCCAUAAACACGGUGCAGAUGUCAGUAGGAAUGCUCUGAACAUCUAAGAAGAGUGAACUGGUAUUUUUUUGUGAGUUUGUAGAUAAUCACUCUUCACCCAAUGACGAACUAAAAGGGAACAUCUAGCCAAGGGUCUGUUUGUCCACUCCCCCUGAGAAGAAUGAAGGGGUUAUUCCUGGUAGAGCCACUGGUAGCCUUCUAUUCCUUUGCCAGUUUCCUGAUCUACCCCUUGGUACAACAGUAUGUGUACAGGAGACUAUGGCAGGAGAUGACCAACACAACCUACCCUGUCUCUGACAACACCUCACGCUGCGAUCCUUCCAACACCAGCAGCCACCAUGAGGAGGUGCAGAAGGCGGCGUCUCUCUUCUCCCUCUACACUGAGCUCUUCUCCAUGAUCCCCUCUCUGGCCGUCACCCUCAUCCUCGUCGCCUACAGCGACCAGCGCGGACGCAAGAUCACCAUCAUCCUGCCUCUGAUUGGCUCUCUGUUCUACGCCCUGUCUUUCCUGGCCGUCUCCUUCUUCGAGCUCAACCUCUACCUCCUCAUCGUCUCGUCGUUCGUCAGCGCCCUGUUCGGGGGCUCGGGGACGUUACUCGGUGGCUGUUUCUCCUACAUCGCUGACCUGUGUGAGGACGGACAGCAGAAGACCCUGCGUAUGGCCGGGAUAGACAUGGUGAUCGGCCUGCUGUCUGGAGUGGCCUCUCUCUCUACGGGAUACUUCCUCCGAGCAGCAGGCUUCAACUGGCCCUUCUUCACCUCUGCUCUGUUCCAGUGUUUCAACCUGCUCUACGCCGUCUUCAUCCUGGAGGAGACGCUCCAACGACCUCCGGAUGACCCCCUGGACGGAUCUCCGCGCCGCACCGCCAUGCACCAGUUGGCCUGCGGGGUCUACCAGCUGUUUGCAGGGGCCAGCAGGAGGCGCAAUAUCCUCCUGGUGCUCCUCCUGCUCCUCUUCUCCUCCUUCUCCUUCGCCAACAUGGGCGGGCUCUCCAUGAUCACGCUGUACGAGCUCAACCAGCCGCUGUGCUGGACCGAGAUCCUGAUUGGCUACGGCUCGGCGCUGUCCACCACGGUGUUCCUGACCAGCUUCGUGGGCGUGACGGUGUUCUCUCGCUGCGGCGUGCCCAACCUCGUCAUCAUUCUCAUAGGGAUACUGAGUGUCAUGGCGGGUAUGACCCUGGUGGCCUUCGCCAAGACCACGGUCAUGAUGUUCCUGGUGAGGCUUCCAAUGCUGCUGGCUAUCAUGCCGUUCCCCGUGCUGAGAUCCAUGAUGUCAAAGAUCGUAUCGAAGAACGAGCAGGGAGCGUUGUUUGCGUGCUUGGCGUGCCUGGACAGUGUGAGCAUCAGUGUGGCGAUAGCUGUGUUCAGUAGUCUCUACGCUGCCACGGUAACCUGGUACCCUGGAUUCUGCUUCCUGUUGUCUGCUGGACUCUGUGUCAUCCCCUUGGCAAUGCUAGCGGGUGUGGGGCUGCUGGGAGUAGAAGAAGGUAAAGAGGCCAAGGAGACGGAGGCCCUCAUCCCUGGAGAGGAAGGUCUCGCUGGUGAAGAGAACGAUGAUCCUCCCCUCACCUGAGACUGGAGGCCUGGAGCACUUUUCUCUUUUCUCUCUCUUUGUCAAUGUCUGUUCUGACAGACGGAGCAACACUCUUCAUCCUCUGAGUAUAAAUCCAUCGGAGAGGUCGAUUACCUCAGGUCAACUGCUCUGCUAUUAAAGCCCUUUAGGAAAUAUGCACUAUUAGCACGUGUGUCACCCACUUACAACCUUGGAAGCACUUUUUAUUAUUAAGCAUGGCAGAAACAUUUUUAAAGGAAAUACAAUGUGUGAAUAUGUGCCAUGUGUAACUAUGUUUUUACAUACGUGUGUGUGUGUGUGUGUGUGUGUAGUCCCUGUACUUUCCUGUACUCUCCUAGUCCCUGUACUCUCCUAGUCCCUGUACUCUCCUAGUCCCUGUACUCUCCUAGUCCCUGUACUCUCCUAGUCCCUGUACUCUCCUGUACUCUCCUAGUCCCUGUACUCUCCUAGUCCCUGUACUCUCCUAGUCCCUGUACUCUCCUAGUCCCUGUACUUUCCUGUACUCUCCUAGUCCCUGUACUCUCCUAGUCCCUGUACUCUCCUAGUCCCUGUACUUUCCUGUACUCUCCUAGUCCCUGUACUCUCCUAGUCCCUGUACUCUCCCUGUCCCUGUACUUUCCUGUACUCUCCUAGUCCCUGUACUCUCCUAGUCCCUGUACUCUCCUAGUCCCUGUACUUUCCUGUACUCUCCUAGUCCCUGUACUCUCCUGUACUCUCCUAGUCCCUGUACUCUCCUGUACUCUCCUAGUCCCUGUACUCAGGGUAACUUCUCCGUAACCUGUUUGACUCGCUGGUAUAACAUCUAAAGGUUUAGAUGUAUUAAAUGUGAAACCUUGCUUCCAUAUGCACCUCACACAGCAGUAACUAGAGAACACGAGUUGUGUGUGUAUAUAGAGGAUACGUGGAAUAACUGACUGAGGUUUAAGGCAGCCUCCCUGUGCACAGAAGGGUAUGGGUCUAUGGGUCACGUGUUUGUUCCAACUACCCGCUUAUAACAACCUGUUCAGCACGUCCUCAAUGUUUUCUCACAGAAACGCAACAUGGUAGGCUUGUAAUAGACGCUCAAGGAAAUACACGUUCUGUCUGGCCUGUGUAAUGAAUUCUGUCUGGCCUGUGUAAUGAAUUCUGUCUGGCCUGUGUAAUGAAUUCUGUCUGGCCUGUGUAAUGACUCGUCAGCCCUCCCGGUGAGCCAAACUGGUUGAAAAGACCACCAGGCUGGUCCCAGAUCUGUUUGUGUUGUCUUGCCAGCUCCAUUACUGUCAUUGUCAAUGACGACACAAACAGAUGUCUCUCAGGCCGAUGACAUGACGUUGUUGAGUUGAACCGAAUGCUGGUUGACACAUCCACUUCACUGCUACACAAUAGUUUACUUCCAUUGAUUUUUUUUAAGCGCAUUGAUCAAUAACUCAGAGAUGAUCAGUUGAUCGUGUAAAAACCAGCAUAGUCAAACGGAUGUAAAGGACAGUAUUGGGGAAAUACUACUUUAGGUACAAAUGUUUUAAAACUUUUAAUUUGAGCCAUUGGUUGUGUGCUGUUGAUUUAAUGUUUUAUAUAUAAUUGAAGAAUGCCACAAAUGUUUGUGUAAUUGUAACAACAACAACAACAAAAAAAGUUGUAUUUAAAAAAUAUAGAUGGGUCUACAAUGUC